AGACAGUGUUGGCGAUGAGUCUGCCUCGUGUCCGAAGAUAUCAAAAGGCGGCACCUAUCGUCUUUUUUCUAGCACCAAAGCCCUCCCUUCUGUGCUCAUCCGAGCCUUCCCGAGCACUUCACUUCCUGAACCGACCUGACGUAUAUACUCUAACGACCUUGUUAACGACUUAUCAUGCAACCCCAAGUCCUUGGUGUUCUCGUCCUCGCCCGUAAUGGGGACCGUACUGGUUUCUACCAGGAUCCUUACACCUAUGAGCCAUCGUUUACCGAAUCCACCCCACUUGGUGCUGUCGAGUCUUUCCAGCUCGGGUCCUAUCUCAAGUCCACCUACCUCGACUCAUCCUCUCCCCUCCACAUCCUAGACAUGCCUCUUGAUCCCACUCACCCAAUCCCACCCAACCAAGUUCAUGUCCAUGCCAAGGCAGGAGGUGAAGGUGCAACCGUUUUUGACUCUAGCAUCGCACUUCUUCAGGGAAUGUUCCCACCGACCCAACGGAACAAGAUCACGUUGGCCAAUGGAACUACCAUAACAUCGCCACUGGGUGGUUAUCAGUACGUCCCUGUCGAAAUGGUUCCCGACAGCAGCGAUAGCGUGCUUGAAUCUUGGGUCGACUGCGCGGCAUUCAAGAAGCACAUCACUAAGGUCUACAACUCGGAAGAAUUCAAGGAAAAGGCGCGGGACGCAAAGCACUUCUUUGGUUCCGUCCACGAUUACGUGUUCGGGCGCCCGACGACGUUGGAAAAUAUCUGGAACGUAUACGAUUAUCUGAACACGGAGCUCACUUACAACCAGACGUUCGCUUUCCGCCUUCCCCCGACGUUGAUUGAGCAGGCGCGUGCUCUGGCCAACUAUCACGAGGAUGCAGUAUUCUCAGACAAGGAAGUUGGGGGCAUUGGGAACAUUGCUGGACGAACGAUCUUGCACCCUAUCUUGAGGUCCUUUGAACGCAUUGCUUUUGAUGACGACCCACUCCGCAUCUUUCUUAUCGAAACCAGCUACCAACCCUUCAUUUCCCUUUUCCAUAUGCUCGAUGUUCUGAGUUCAAGACCUGAUCUUGCUGGCAUCCCUAACUAUGCAUCUGCCCUGUCCUUUGAGCUCCUCCGCGGUCCUGCACCUGAGUUCCGGGACUUUGUUCGUAUCAAAUUCAAAAACGGUACCGACGACAGCGAGUUCCAGACGCUCCGCGUGUUGGGGCAUGAGGACGAUGCUAUCCCUGUCACUGAGUUCAUCUACCGUCUGGAGCACUAUGCCAUCCCAGACACGAAGCAAUGGAACUCGGCAUGUGGUAACAACCGGUGGUUCCCAUUCGAAAACACCCUCAGCACUGCAACUGAACAAACCUCGAUGAUGGCUGUGAUACUCGGCACUCUGUCCCUGUUUGCGUUUGCCAUGUUUGCGCUUACAACGUUCAUCAAGCACACCAUCACUGCCAAACGUGCGAGGCGAAACGAGGGGAUGGUAGAGCAACAUGGAAGCUAUGCUACAUUCGUGAUCAACGAGAAGGCUGGAUUGCUUCCUUAAAAUGGAUACCCAACAGCAACCCUGCUUACUUUUGUGUGCGAAUGUUCUUAAGCAUUUUCGCUUGUGGUGUGUAAUUAUUGAGCUGUUUCCCUCGCAUCGAUCAUGCUUCCGCAUUUGUGCUUUCUCUUUUCUUUUCCCCAUCGUCAUACCCCCUCGCGCGCCUCAACUGCUGGUCCGACGUUGUGAUAUGUAUGUAGUAGGGUUUGAUUGGACAACUUAAGCAAUGCAUUUCUUGAGCCCGUGAUUUGGAUAUAACGAAGCAUACAAGUCUCGGAUUUAUGACCAGAU